CAGAAUGACUUUUAAGUGUCUGUUAUCUGUUUUAACACACAGAUGUGGCUGCGUAGAAACCACCAUGUUUUGUCUAUGACGCUGAAGAGCGGUUAGGCGCCCUUUAACCCUCACUGUGCAGUCGGGAGUCCCAGCAGCGGUUCCUCGGGUGGAGGAGGAGACCGUCACCGGCCAACAGGGCGUCGCGAGAAGCCUCCGCAUCAGCCGGUGGAAGUUUUCAUCUCCGACCCACAGCUGGCUCCAAGGAUGAACCCGACACUUCCAUGAACUCCUUCGGUUUCGCGGUUCGAGGCCUCCCCCUGGCCUUCGCGUCCAUGACGCAGGCCACUGCCUCCGACCUGCGCUUCCAUCCCAGAUGGAGAGCAUUAGUUGUGACCGCCCUGCUGGCCUUGGUGCUCAUGCUGUACCUGCAUCGGACCGUAGGGAACGCAGACGCACCAACCGGAGGUAGUUUUCAAACUCGCAGAGAGGAGGAUGUGAGUUCACAAAGACUCUCUUGGUGUCUAAAGAGGAAAAAGCCCUACAAUGACACAUACCCGUUGAGUCCACCAGAGAGGACACCGCAUGGCAUUCGCUACCGUAUAGGAGUGAUUGCCGACCUGGACACGGCAUCCCAAAGCUCCAACGGUCAGACGUGGUUUAGCUACAUGAAAAGAGGCCAUGUGACCGUUUCAGAGAGCGCGGACAGACUGGAGGUGGAGUGGGACGCGGACACACUCACCUUGGAGAGCAGUCUGGCUGAGAAAGGACGAGGAAUGGAACUGUCAGAACUGGUGGCCUUCAACGGUCACCUUUACAGUGUGGAUGACCGCACAGGCGUGGUGUACAGGAUUGAGGGAAGCAGAGCCAUUCCCUGGGUGAUACUUCCUGAUGGCGACGGCUCCGUGUCUAAAGGAUUCAAGGCGGAGUGGCUGGCAGUGAAGGACGAGCACCUGUACGUUGGAGGUCUGGGGAAAGAGUGGACGACGACGUCCGGGGAAUUCGUCAACAACAACCCCGAGUGGGUGAAAGUGAUCGACUAUAAAGGCGGCGUGGAGCAUGAAAACUGGGUGCCUUAUUACGCCGCCCUGCGGAGAGCUGCAGGGAUCAAACCACCAGGUUACCUCAUCCAUGAAUCGGCAGCUUGGAGCGAGCGCCUCCAGCGGUGGUUCUUCCUACCUCGCCGUGCCAGCCACGAGCGCUACGAGGAGGCGGCCGACGAGCGUCGAGCCACCAACCUCCUCCUGUCCUGCACCGCGGACUUCAGACACGUGACCACGCAGCGCGUCGGACCUUUCGACCCCACCCACGGCUUCUCCUCGUUCAAAUUCGUUCCCGACACCGACGACCAGGUCGUCCUGGCUCUGAAGUCGGAGGAGGACGCAGGCAGGAUCGCCACAUACAUCAUUGCUUUCACACUGGACGGACGGCUGCUGAUGCCCGAGACCAAGAUGGGAGAUGUGAAGUAUGAAGGGCUGGAGUUCAUUUGAAAUGUGGCAGGGUGAAAGUUUCAUAUCACGUCAUGCUAGAGAGCAUCAAGGGUGUAACGUUUUCUGAACGCACAGGUGAAAGGUCAACAGAACAGCUGUGAAAAACGUGCUUCUGCUGAUGUCUCCUGUCGUCAAACGCUAGAGUCAAACCUACAUCGCCUCGGUGCUGCUAGAUGUUUUUUUAUUCAUUUAAUUUUGAGAAGAGACCCGACUGGAGUUGAGUCUAUAACAAAAGGGAAGAAAAUAAAGUGCUUUUAAAACAAUAAUCGGGAUUUACACCAAACAUCAAAGCUAAAAUAUAAAAUAGUUUUUUUGAGAUAUAUAUAUAAACAGGUAACAGUAACAUUUUCUAGUAUUAUUUAAAUGGGAAAUGGUUUGUUAGUGAGGCAAAAUGUGUUUUCCCCUUUUCAUAAGGUGCUAAAUAUUUUCUGAUGAUGGCAUUUUUCAUUACUGAUUAUGACAAGCACAGCAGUCCUCUUCACUGUGAAGGAUUUGAUGUUUUAGAAAAAAAUGUAAAUUAUUACCACAGGCGUUUCUGCCUCAUAUAAGUGAACAUUUAAAGAGAUGCCUGUCUGCGUUUCUUCAUUUUGCUUGUUUUAUAAUAGCUUUAGCUUUCAUCAUCAAAUUGGAUUUAUACCAGGGGUUUUCAAGUCUAAAUACUUAAAUACACUACUGAGAAAAACAAACCCCAUGAGCGGAGAUCUGUUCUUUUGAAAGGCUUAUGACCCUCUCCACACAAUGCUGGAUGUGAACCUUAGUUCAUUCAAAUUGUUUGAUUUCUUUGCACAGAUUAUAGACUUGUUUGGGUCGAAGUCAGAACCAUUCCAGAAGCUCGAUAUUGUCUCCUUUCACUCUAAAUCCUGUUCUGAUGCUUGUAGAUUCAUUUCCUGUUGGAACCCAACUGUCUCCAAGUUUCAACCAUUUAGUUGUAGAUUUGAGGUCAAGAGAAAGAGUUAGGUGGCAAGUCUUCUGUUGUGUGCAAUGCAACAAAAUGGCCACACAGCAUGCUGCUGCCACCACCGUACUUCAGUGUUGCCAUGGUGUUCUUUGGUUUGCACAAAGCCUCAUCCAGAACCGGUUUGGGCCUGUAUGUUCCUGUGUGGACUCAAAGUAAUCCAGAGUCAUUUCAGACGUGCACUCCCACUUUUCUUUUUAAUUUCACAUGUGUUUAUAUAAUCUCUCCACACUGAACAAACAGCUCAACUAAUUUGUCGUUAUAGCGUUUCUAUUUGGAAUGACUAUACAAGCAUACAUUCCAUUUUCAGUGUUUGAGAUGUAUAAAUUUGCCUUUAAGUCACACUUUGUAAGCAUAUUACAUUUGUUUUACUCAAAAUAUCAACAGCAGUAGGCUUUUCACAUUCAGAUGCAGUGAAAGCACAUCUCUGUGCAGCGUCGCUCAGCUGGUCACUCAGGGUUCAACAAAUGGAGAAGAAAAAAAAAAAGUGUCCUUAAUCUUAAAUCCAGUCCUGUUCGUGUUUUACUGCCGAGAAGCCCUGAACUUGGUCGUGUUGUUUGAUGAUCCCUUCAUAUGUAGAGACAUGAAGCACGGUUACUGAAUGAGGCAGGAAGUUUGUUGUUGCUGAUCUUUGUACAUCUUUAUUUCCUUCUCCAAAGUUAAACUUUUUUUAUGCUUCUAAAGCGAGAGAACAAAUUUAAAAACAGUGAAAUAAUCAAAGAUUAAUUCUUAAUAUAUUCUCAUUGUAUGGUCAAAAUGACAAAUAAAAUGCAUUUUUUAAUUGUC